GACGCCAUUGACUGCCUUAGUAGUGUAACUUCUAUUAAACGUCUUUUUAUCUUCUAUAAUAAUUGCCAUCUUCAGAAUCAAGACAAUUCUUAAUCAAUCGUAAUAAUUGAUAAAUUUCGAAGACAACUGAUAAUUACUGUAAUAAUAUUAUUUCAAACAGAAGAAAAUUUCUUCAGAUCCUAACAAGGAUUGAGUAUAACACUUAAAACAUCUUGUGAAAAUGGAAGCAGAAAAAUCAUCAUCACUGCUGUUAAUCAAAGAAGAGAACGAGAAUCUGGAGGAGGAUCUUACUGAAAACACAGGGGAAGGCUUUUCAUUUGCAGACCCCUUCUUAGAAGUCAAGGCAGAACCAGAAUUUUUUGACGGUGGGGAAUUUGAUGUGAACUGUUCCUCCCAAGCUAUUAUGUGUGAGGAGUACAGCUCUCCAAGCUGUGAUGAUGAAAGUGGAAAGAAGAUCUGUAUUGCUGAGGAAAAUAGACAUUUGGGUAGAAACAACACAGCAGGGAAACAAAUAAAUUGUCCUGAAUGCCAAAGGACAUUUUCAAAUAUGUGCCAAUUGAAAUCCCACAUAAGAACUCAUACUGGAGAGAAACCAUAUACUUGCUCUAUAUGUCAAAGAAGUUUUUCUCGGUCAAGUACUCUCAAAAGACACAUGAGAAGUCAUACAAGAGAGAAACCCUAUACUUGCUCUAUAUGUCAAAGAAGUUUUUCUCAUCAAAGUCAUCUCAGAGAACACAUGAGAACUCAUACAGGAGAGAAACCAUAUACUUGCUGUACAUGUCAAAGAAGUUUUUCUCAGUCAAGUACUCUCAAAAGACACAUGAGAAGUCAUACAAGAGAGAAACCCUAUACUUGCUCUAGAUGUCCAAAUAGUUUUUCUCAAUUAGGUAAUCUCACAAGGCACAUGAGAACUCAUACAGGAGAGAAACCAUAUAUUUGCUCUCUAUGUCAAAGAAGUUUUUCUCAUCAAAGUCAUCUCAGAGUACACAUGAGAACUCAUACAGGAGAGAAACCAUAUACUUGCUGUAUAUGUCAAAGAAGCUUUUCUCUUCAAGGUAAUCUCAAAGUGCACGUGAGAACUCAUACUGAACAAAAACCACAUACUUGCUCUAUAUGUCAAAGAAGUUUUCAUAAAUCGGGUCAUCUCACAAGACACAUGAGAACUCAUACUGAAGAGAAACUAUUUACUUGCUCUAUAUGUCAAAGAAGUUUUCAUAAGUCGAGUAAUCUCACAAGACACAUGAGAACUCAUACUGAAGAGAAACCAUAUACUUGCUCUAUAUGUCAGAAAAGUUUCUCUCAAUCAGUUAAUCUCAAAUAUCACAUGAGAACUCACACAGGUGAGAAACCAUAUACAUGCUCUGUAUCUCAAAGUUGUUUUUCUUUUCCGGGUAUUCUCAAAAGACACACAAGAAUUCACACUAGACAGAACCUGUUUACUUGAUCUCUGUCCAAUGAGCUUUUAUCAUGUAUUUUAAGUUAAUUAUCUUGACUCCUGAAUCUGUCUGUCCUUAAAUCUUGCAACUCAAUUUUCGACCUGUUCCCUUCGUCUGAUGGACUUGAAAUCUCGCCUGGUCACUCAAUCCUGGUGACAAUACAAUCUUACAGGAUCAGGGCAGCAAUGACCUCUAGUGACCCUUUAGUGACUUCUCACAGCAAAUCCCCAGGAUUUGUCAGAAACUCUUCUUUGGAUUUUUCAUAGCUUCUUUGACUCUGUAGAGUCUGUCUUCAUCCACCUCCCCCUUCACUCCUCUUCCUUCUCCCUCCCCUUCCCUCCUCUUCAAUCCCCCUCCCCCCUUCUCUCAUCUUCCCUCCCCUUCCUCCUUCCCUCCCCUUCUCUACAAGAAAUACAUUUUUCUAUUUCUAAUAGCAUUUCGUUCCAUGUUUGAGGCCUACGCUUUUAUUUCUAUAGAUAUGAUUAUAAUAGUAAGAGAAAAUUCUGAUAUGUUUAAAAAAAUAUAUGUAUUUUUUUUACUUUUUAGUGCAUUUUAAUAAAGGCAUGUUUUAAUUUAUUUCUGAGACUGUCAAAGGACACAAUGGAAACAUUGUAGAGAGAGGAAGUUCUCCAGUACUAAUAUCAAAUAUGUUGGACAAUUUCAAGUGCUUUGAGAUGAAUCAUGCAAACUCAUAAUAUUUUAGAGGGCAAUUAAAUGCACCGAAUGCCGUAAAGGUUUUCAGUAUUCCUCUGCUCUCAAAAUCCUUAUGAGAACCCAUACUGGAGAGAAGCCAUUCAUGUCUCCUGCAUGGCAAAGGAGAUGUUUUGAAUCAAGGUGUCUUAAAAUACAUGUGAAUACUCAUGCUAGAAAGAAGUCAUGCCUGUAUCUGCACUGGGUUCCCAAGAAGUCUUCUUUAUUAGGUCCAUAUUAGAAUGAAUGUGUUAACUGAGAAGAAAGACGACACUCUUCCACAAGUUGUUAAAACGAUUUUCCUCUUGUAGAUUCAUAAGAUAUGUCAGCACCCAUGGAGGAUAAAUAUUGUUCUUUCACACUGCGUGUUGUAUUUUUGUCUUGUAUUCUGCAAAUCAUAGUCAUUGGUUCUGAAUGUCAGACUGUUUUUCAGGUGUCAAAAUGCACAAGCGAAGUCACUCAUCAGAGACGAUCUUCAGUUGCACUGAAAGAUUUGUUAAUGUUUUGCACCCCAAAGUAAGUUGCAAUUGAUAUGGAGAUAAUUCUUGUCUGCAAAAUCUAUAGAAAAAAUGCAACAGCAACCUAAGGGACUAUUAAAGGAAAAACCAUAUUUAUAUUUUUAUGAUCCAAUUCAUGACCAUCAUCAUUGCUGUUAAUCAAAAAGGAGAAGGAGAAUCUAGAGGAGGGUCACUGAAAACGCAGGUGACGCCUCUUCAUUUGCAUGCUAGGUUAAGAAAUUUUCUUGUGUCUUCUUCACUUUUUUGGUUCCUGUGUGCUCUUUGUAUGAUUUCCAAAUGAAGAAUUAGUUUUGUCUUUGGAUGACAUGAAUAUGAAUAGAAAGAUUGAUUUCUUCAUUACAUAUCAAUGAAAAUUAAGUGCAGUUUUAAUUUAUUAUUAUUUUUAAAUGCUCUUAGUUUUAAUCUUUUACAAAGAAUGUGAUACAGCAUUAGUAAGUAAAUCCUAAUACUUUGUAUUAGCUCAUUAAACACAGUGGGCGGUGUAGUAUUUUGUUUUAGGUUAAUCAGUCAAAAGUAUUGAGACUGGACUUGUUUUGUAAAUGAGUGAAGUAACGUAUUAUUCUGGUUAGAUUAAAACCUUUUCUAGUUUUAUUUCAAUGUACAAAUUUUAAAAAAUAUGGUUAAAUAAUAA